AAUACGGCAUUCCGCAGAAAUCCGUGUAAGAGUUUGCCGCCCCUUUACAUAGAUACCUUCAUAUUUUAAGGAAAGAUUUCUUACCUUUUUUCUAAUAUAGACUAGGGUCAGCUAUCGCUUUUGACAACUGAUUCCUCAUCCAUUAUUCUAGGCACCCGCGGAGAAAAUUGAGACCUAAAGAAAAGCAUCAUGUCAUUUUCCAGGGUACCCGGACCCGAUAACCUUCACGUCGGAGGGGUUUGGGCUCUGAAUAUCGAAGGGCACCGUGACAAGCUUUACGAACAGAAUGUCACUCAUGUGCUCUCUGUCAUUAAGUUCUCAUUUGACAAAUGGGGCGAAGAAGGAAAGCGGUUUAAGCACAUGAGCAUCGAUAUUGAUGAUGACGAAGACUCGGAUCUAUUAGUUCAUCUCUCAUCUACUGUACGCUUUAUCCGUAAUGGACUCUAUCCGCCAGUCAACGGCGCCGAUGCAGAUGCAGAUGCAGAUGCAUCUGUAGAAACCAAAGAUGACGGAAAUCUCCCGGGCGGGGUAUUCGUACACUGUGCGAUGGGUGUAUCGCGUUCCGUAAGCUGUGUUAUCGCCUAUCUCCUCUACCAAUACCCUCACCGCUUUGGGGGCAAGCAAUUUACUCCUUCAGUCGCUUCGGCAGCCGAGCGGCGGCAAACAUCCAAGGAGGCCGUAGAGAGAGCUUUGGAGUGGGUUCGUCAGUCUCGUGAGCGUGCCGGACCCAAUCCUGGGUUUAUGCGCCAGCUCGAGCUCUGGUGGGAGAUGGGAUGCCCAGCUGAUGAUGACAGCGCUGUGGAGCGGCACCCCAUAUAUCAGAAGUGGCUGUACGAAAGAAUGCUGAAGGAAUCUAGGGAUGUACGUCAAGCUCCAGAGGCUGAACGCAUCCGGUUCGAGGAUGAGGUGGAUUCGGGAAAUGAUGGUAUCGAAACCGGCGUAGACAAGAAAGUCGGCAAGGAGAUCCGUUGCAAGAAGUGUAGACGCAUUCUUGCGACGCCAAAGUUUAUCGUACCCCACGCCCCUACUGAGCGGCCAGAACCUUCAAAUUGUGCUCACGUUUUCGUCGAGACGCUCUCCUGGAUGCGGCCAGCGCUAGAAGACGGUGUGCUGGAGGGGCGUCUGUCUUGCCCAAAUGUUAAGUGUGGCGCCACAGUUGGUCGUUUCGCCUGGCAAGGCCUGAAAUGCAGCUGUAGCGAAUGGGUAGUCCCGGCCUUCUCGCUUAACCGGAGCCGCGUUGACGAGGUGGCUCCCCGGGGCACAGAUGCGCCUGCAAUCCGGCAACCACCUGGUCGAAACGGGAACCUAUAACAUGGGUUACUUUAGCAAGAGAGCCUCAUUAAUGCUUGUCAUCCUUGCUUGCUUUCAUAAGACUCCUUACCUAUAUAUCCACCAAGUAAGCGGUCUAUCGUAUUGGUCGAGACAACGAUGGUGUUGGUUUUCUACAAGCGUCGUCUACCUACCUACGUAGUAGCUACCAGAAAUUGUUGCUCUAAGCACGAGCCAACAUAUGCUGACCACACACCCCCUUAAUCGGCAUCUCACCUAACCCGCCGCUAACGACCCAAGGAUCAAGUCUGAGCAACGGGGGCUGAACGUAUUGUUUGACACCUCGUUUCCUCCAUACACGCCUCUAUUCAUCAACUGCACUUCGCGAAA